AUGAUCCAUGCAUGGCAACGAGUAUCCCGUGAAUGUCGACGACAUCCAACGAAGGACGAUUGUGUUGCCUAUCGUUUAGCUGAGGUCCUAAAUGAUACUGGUCCGGCUAUACUGAUCUCUGCACUGACAAAUAUCCUAGCGGAUGCAGUUGGUACCUUCACUGAAACAAUGCAGAAAAAAUUUCAGCUUACGUUUUACUCAGCAAUAAUGUGUAUUUCUGGACAUUUUGAAGUGAAAUCCGAGGCAGGCCAUCAGAAUAAGCAUUCGAUUGAAAUUGGCAACGAGAAAAAAGCUAACGCAACAAGCUGUUGUGGCCAGGAUCCAUGUGAAUUUCGUGGACACAUGAAAGGUGGUUGUACAGCAUUUUUAGAAGGCUAUGUUCGGCUCAUCACGAAUGUCAUUUUUGCACUUUUUGUAUUUUGCAUAUGGGUGCUGUUUAUUGCAGCUUCUAUUUUUGGAAUAACUCGGCUAAAAAUCGAAUUAACGCCGGAAAAACUCUUCUUCCAGGAUUCACCAAUUAUUGAGACGAACAAUUUGCUGCAAGAAUAUCAAAUACCACAGCAUACAAUGGCGCAGUUCUAUGUAAAUAAUCCGGGAAAUCUAUCGGAUCCCCGGCGUUUGCAACUUUUGGAUCAAAUGGUUUUUGAAUUGGAACAUAUGAAGGGUUCGUGGGGCCCGGAGGGUACCAACUAUUUUAUGCGUGAUUUCAUCGAUACUUCAGAUACCACAAAUGGUGCUAUCUUGCUCAGGGACAGCGAUUUGCCAGCAUUUUUGAACUGGCCCGAAUAUGAAAAAUGGCGAGGAUUUGUAAUUUUUAAUGAAACUACUGGCAGUUUGCAAAAAUUCUUCUUUACAACAGCUUAUUAUGGUGAGAAUUUGAAAGAAUGGCCGGAACGUGGCGUGCUGUUGAGCAAGUGGCGCGCCAUCAUUGACCGAUACAGGGAAUUUAAUGUGUCGGUGUAUAUGGAUGAUGGAUUGUUUCUGGAUUUAAUUGAAAAUAUGCCAACGGAUGCGUGGCAAUCAGCACUCGAACUAAAUAAUCUUGAUGGCUACAUUUCAGGUAUAAUUGGAUUAGUGAAUCUGAUGGGUAUCGAUUUGGAACCAAUCAUGAUGGCUGCAAUGUUGAUAUCAAUGGGAUUCAGUGUCGAUAUACCAGCUCAUGUGGCUUAUCACUAUAACAGUGCUGGUGCGGGUGUCGAUCGUCGAUUAACGGUUGCUGAGAAGUUACGGAUAUGUUUUGCGUCCGUAGCACUGCCUGCAUUGCAAGCAUCGGCAAGCACGAGUUUGUGUGUGCUUGGCCUUUUGUUUAUACCGCUUUAUAUGGCACAGGUUUUUGUGCGAAUGAUGGUGCUAUGUAUCUUUUUAUGCGUUGUGCAUGGCUUGGUUAUAAUUCCCUCUAUGUUGGUGCUAAUCGAUGUGGUGCUACGGUUGGUCAGAAGGCCAAGGACGCGAACCGUUGUGGCACCAGCGACCUCAUCGUGA